GUGGGCACAGCCCCCCUCCCCCCAGCGCCCUCCAUCUCCCCCCCUCCAGGCUCCUCCCAGCCAUGCCUCAAGCAUCAGAGCAUCGUUUGGGUCGUGCCCGCGAUCCGACAUCCGUCGUCACCACUCAACCCAAAGCUGCAUCUAAACUGCCGGGCCGGGCUUUGAGCCAAGAACGUCAUUCUUUCACCUCUACCCCAAACGGGCUUUCUCCAGCCCCAAAACUUCGCCUCCUCCCUCCCAGACCUGGAACUUUGGAAGAACGAAGCAAGAAAUCGGACCUGGAACGCGGCCGAGCCACCAAACGGGGCUCAGCUUGCCGACGAGGACCCCUAAAAGCGGACCACGGGGUGAGGGUUCCCGGUUCCCCGCAGGCAGGGACGGCACCUGGAGGAGCUUCUUUCUCUUUACCCAUCGGAACAGAAAGGAGGAGGAGCAAUUUGAGCCGGUCCAAAUCCGUCAGCAUCGGGGAUCUGAGCGGCGAAGACGUGGCGGCGGCGUUGAGCCGUUUGGUGUUGAGGGAUGGGGGCCACCCGUUGAGCGUGGGUGCUUUGGCCCUAAAAAGGAGCUCGUCUCUCCGAAGGGUCAACGUUGGAGUGGGGUUGGAUGGGAGAAGUGCAGCCCCUCUGCUCUCUGUGCGUCACGAGGGCUGUGCCAGGACUCGUGUCCCCGAUCCCCCCUAUGGCCCCGAUGGCUCCGCACCCCGCAGCCCCCCGUUGGGUCGAGCGCCCGAGGAAAAGGUGGCAGCUGUAAGAGUUUGGGGUCCUGAGCUCUGCUUUUGGGGUGGG